AUGGGGUAUCUCUAUAGGAGGAAUUUAAUACACAUAUACCCACAAUAUCAUUUGCUUUGGUGUGUCAAACACCAAAGUUUGUACAUUAAUAGCUGCAAGUUAGUAGUGCAAAUUUCCCGAUUUAUAUACAUUAACACAAUGCCUAGUGAGGGGUGCGGCGAAUACGUAGACGAAGCACAGACUCCUGGGCCACUGCACAUAACUGAACUCGAGACACCAAUCAAUACAAGGAAUAGAGAUCCCGGACCAACUCUCAGGUAUUUGGCUGGAAGCAGUCCCAUAAAGACACAAAUUAGCGGCGAUAGUCGCUCUAUGUGGAAUAAUGUACACUCGGUUAUCUCCAAUGAUUUACCACGGUACAUAUAUGAUACAUCUACACAAGUAGAUGCCAAUGAUGGUUUGACUUGCGAAAAAUACACAUGCUCACCAAAGGCAACCCCUCUUAGACCAUUGCCUCUUGAUCCAAAUGAUGUUGUCAAGCGGACCCAGAGAUUUGAAGCCAUGAAAUUUGCUCAUAAUUUUGUACGAAAGUAUACCAACACUAGCAACUCAAAAACGCCUUGCAAUUACCAAAAUAAGUCUGUAACUGUUGGAUUGUACACUCCCCUUAGAAUUCACUCAUCAAACGAACCGAACACUGAUGAUUACAAACCACCAAAUUACAACAUACGAAUUUCACCUCCCAACUACUACUCUGACACUGAUAUUUCUAAGUUCGACUUUUCGAUCCUAAAGUCAAACAUUGAUUCCAUAAUCAAUUCCACUCCGACAUACCACUCAUACUCUAUAAAGAACGACUCAAAUGAGUCGGCGGAUUUUGGAAGCAUUAUGACUCCUAUUCGUUACCAAUCCGCCACAAAUUCGAUGAGAUCAGUCGCAAACGACACUUAUUUGCACGAUGACCAUUCGACUCUAACUUAUAUAUCUAAUGAAUCACCAUAUUCGGCAUACAGACAUACCAGCGUUAAUACUUCGUAUAGGAAUUAUAGAAACUCACCCGCUUCAAAUUGGGUAAAAUCUGAUUACUCCCACCAACAACCACCUUAUAACGAUUUUAUUAAACAAGAUGAUCCAUUUACCAGUAAUACCUAUGGCACUGGCAUCAAUAAUUCCUCUUCCUGCUCCAGCGAUAGCGACAAUCCCUUCAAGUUUGACUCUCAAUUUUUCAAUAAAAGGCAAUCACACAACCAAUUUAGACAACAUAACAGCGCAUCUUUACCAGAUAGGAAAGAUUUAAUGGCCAAUCAUACCCACGAGUGCUGUGAUCAUCUGUUAAAAGGAUCGGAUAACAACUUAAUGAUUCCCGCAAACAGUGAUUUAUGGGACAAUUCUCAAUCACAAUUUGACUGUGUAAGCUCAACAAAAUCUACCCAGUCGCACAUCAAAUUGCACGAGGCAUCCAACAAGUGUGGCAAUAGCGAACACAAUUGCAACUGCAAAUCGCUGCAAAAUGAGUUGAACAUGUUGAAGAAUAUGUUCGCAGAAUUUAAAUCAGACUUGGAAACUAUUAUCAACGGGAUAUCCAGUAAAAAUACUAGAUGUAACGAAUUAGUUGAUGAUUCGAAAGGAACAAGUGACAAAUUUGAUGGAUCGGAUGCUAUAGAUACUAAAAUGGUUGAUGACAAUAUGGAUGCUUUUGAACCCAAAAUAGAUUCAGAAGCGAAUUCCAGAAUUAGGAUUGGCAGUGAAAUAGUCAGAGAAAAUAAAUACAACAUGAAUAAUAAAUUAUAUUCUGAUGAAAAUAUUGUUGGAGUCCCUGCAGAUGUGAUGGAGGGGUAUAGGGUUGCCCUAACCAUCAAGCGUAUGUUGCACGUCAAAUCUAUGAAUUCUGUAGUGCCUGCAUUUACGUCCUUUUUGCACAAAAGGAUAAACUAA